CUAUACGAAGACUCAGAAGAGUCCAUAAACUCUUGGUACUACGCGCUUAGUUGUAGGGUCUUUCAAUUAUUUCCACACUUUUGACACAAACUCUUCAUGCUUCUUGGGCUUCAGAGAAGGUUCUUUCAUCAAGCGGCUGUCAUGGCUCAGUCUCCCAGGAAGUAUUUUGCUAAGGACAGCUCUGUCGCUUAUACUGACGUUGCUGGGUGCUUGAGCAAAGAUGCUCUCGAAGGGAUUGACACUCCAGCUUUGCUUGUGGACAGGGCAGCACUGAAUCACAAUUUGGCACUCUUGGAGAAAUGCAUGGCGAAAUUUCCAGGUAUCAUGGUACGACCACACGGCAAAGCCCACAAGAGCGGUCAAAUGGCACAGCUCCAAGCGCAAUCCCACUCCGCAUUCAGCGGUAUCUGUGCGCAGAAAGUUACCGAGGCGGAGACCUUUGCCAAGCUGGGAGGUGUUAAGGACGUGUACGUUUCCAACGAGAUUGUUUCACGCAAGAAACUGGAGCAUCUGGCAGAAUUGGCAAGUCUACCUGAGGUACGGAUUCGUCUGUGCGUCGACAAUGCCGACAAUGUGCGUGACAUCAGCUCAAUUGCGGCCAGCGCUAACGUUGUGUUUGGCGUGGUGAUUGACGUUGACGUCGGGCAGAAACGCUGUGGUGUUAGCAGCCCCAGUGAAGCCCUGCAGCUGGCUGAGCUGAUCCGUAGCUUACCUGGCGUUCGCUUUGACGGCAUUCAGGCAUACCAUGGCCUGCUGCAGCACAUUCGUGUGCAAACCGAUCGCAAGGAGGCCGUCUCCAGCAUUGCUGCACAGGCUAAGGAGGUUGUUGACGUCCUGAAGGCUGCCGGCAUCGACUGCGAGGUUGUCACGGGUGGUGGCACGGGCACAUUCUACCUGGAAGCGGAGACGGGCGUGUACAACGAGGUGCAGCCCGGCUCCUACAUCUUCAUGGACGCAGCGUACGGCCGUGACGAGUGGAAUCUCCCGAUCAGCGGUGAGUCUUGGCGUCACAGUCUGUACGUGCUGACUACUGUAGUCAGUAGGAACGAGGAACGGCGCCUGGCCGUAACGGAUUCCGGCACCAAGGCAAUCUCGCUGGACAUGGGCCCACCGCUGGUUCACGUGAGCGGCAUGCAAGGCUGCUCAGUUGCCACAUUCUCAAGCGGUGGAGACGAGCAUGGCCUGGUGUACAUGGACGAGGGCAGCGCUGUGCCGGCAGUGGGCAGUGUUCUGACCCUCGUUCCCGGUCACUGUGAUCCCGCCGUCAACAUGUAUGACAAGAUGAUUAUUGUCAACACGGACGACGGCACGGUCGAGGACACGUGGCCCAUCUCUGCUCGCGGGCCUGGGCAUUAGGUGCGGUUCUGAUCGGCGUGUCCGCGUACCCGUGAGUUGACGCCCAGAUGUGGUCGCCAUCGUGCUUUGCUCACAAAUAUCUGAUGAUUAUCGAUUGGCUUUCCCACUGUUGCAGUAUUACGGCUAAACUUCUGUGCAACUGCAUCGCCUGCUGGCCUUGCAGCUGUGUUGUGUGUUUGCCUUCUUCGUUGGUUUGUUCACAUUGCAAGCCUGUCUCUGGUUCCACCUUUAUCGGCUACUGAGUUCCUCGCUAGCUUUUUAAAAUAUGUUUUCGGAUCUGGCUUGCCUCUGAAGCCCUUACUUUAGCACUGUUUUAUCUCAGCUAGAUUUCUGCCAAAAUGUUUAGUUUUGCCUGGCCGGAUCCAGGUUAGUUCUUUAGGUUUUCACAUUUUUCUAAAUUCUCGCACAAGGUUGCGUUUAUUUUUAACAUGUUCUUGUACUUACAAGUAUUUCCUUUGAGAUGAGUGUUUGACUGAACCCAGCUGGAUUGUGUGCAAGCUCCCACAGCGAAAUUUAGUCCAAACUCCAAACUCCCGCUGCUGCUUGCUCUCCCCGCUGUCACGUACCCGCAACGGACGGAGGGUUUUUGCCAAGGGGCUUCACGGUUCUCUACCACGUUAUCCACGUGCUUUGA